UCUCCUCUUUAUCACUUUAUAUACACAAACACAAUAAGAUGCAAGUUUUGUGUUAAGAGUAAAGGUAUUUUGAAAAUGGGAUCACCUGAAAAUGAUCACUCGUUCAAGAUUGUGAUGGUAGGUGAUUCUGGUGUUGGCAAAAGCAGUCUUCUUGUCAGUUUUGUUACUGGUGCUCUUACAGAUCUUUCUGACACAGCUGGUAUGGAUAUUAUGAUCAAGCAGAUAACAGUGGGCGGGAAGCGACUGAAGCUUGUAGUUUGGGACACUGCUGGACAGGAGAGAUUCAGAACAUUAAUAGGUUCUUACUAUAAAGAUGCUAAUGGGAUUAUUCUUGUUUAUGAUGUGACACAGAAAGAAACCUUUACCAAUUUGGCAAACCCGUGGAUUAAAGAAGUCGAACUCUACUCCACAAACAAGAACUGCAUCAAGAUGCUUGUCGGAAACAAGGUGGACAGAGUGUCUGAAAGGGUUGUCAGCAGGGAAGAAGGUAUGGAACUAGCAAAACAGAAUGGAUUUUUGUUUCUAGAAACAAGUGCUAAAACUAGAGAAAAUGUGGAGAAAUGCUUUGAAGAUUUGGCACUCAAGAUUCUGGAGGAAUUAGAGACGAAACGGCAGGAGGAACCGAAACAGAAACCAACAGAACCAAAAGUAGACAUUAACAAACCACCAAAUAAUCCAGCACCAUACACAGGACCACCGGGUGGGGGUGAAGGUCGAGGUCGUAGAUGCUGCUUUUAAGGGAUGCAAAUAACACAUAAAUGAAAGUACUACAACUACACAUCAAUAAAACAAAGUAGAGACUGCAAAGUUAUAAAGCUCCAUUUGUUCCAGAAAAAAUAACUUAUUUUUCAAUAAUGGUAAAGGUUAUAAUAAAUUUGUCAA